UGUAUCAUUAGUACAUACAUACAUGUACAUUACGCAUCAAAGACUGUAUGAUCUGAUCUUUCAUGACCCAGUAGCACCCAGUAGUAACCGUGGCAGCACGGUUGAUGUUAGGUUAGUUUCUGCUAAUAUUAACUAAAUUUUAAGAACUUUUUACUGGUAAAUUUAUUAGAGAAAUUAAUAAAAAUGUGGGCAGAUACAGUGCUCAUUGUCUUUAUUAGUGUUUGCACAGCCCUUUUGGGUGAAGGAUUAACAUGGCUUAUGGUAUACAGAACUGAAAAAUACCAAAAACUUAAAGCCGAGGUGGAAAAACAGAGUAAAAAACUUGAAAAACGUAAAGAAGCUCAUGGUGAUUCACUAGAUAAACAACACAAAAAAAAAAUUGAACGAGAAGAAGAGCGGUUGAAGAAUAAUAACAGAGAUCUAUCACUUGUAAAAAUGAAAUCCAUGUUCGCAAUAGGCUUUGCUUUUACUGCAUUACUUAGUAUGUUCAACAGUAUUUUCGAUGGUCGUGUAGUCGCUAGACUACCCUUUGUUCCAAUUAGUUGGAUCCAGGGUCUUUCACAUAGAAACUUACCUGGAGAUGAUUAUACUGAGUGUUCCUUCAUCUUCCUCUAUAUUCUCUGUACAAUGAGUAUAAGACAAAACAUUCAGAAAAUGUUAGGUUUUGCACCAUCACGUACUGCAAGCAAACAGAGUGGAAGCAUCUUCGGUCCACCACCACAACAGUUUAAAUAAUUUUAACUCCUUUACGACUGUUAUGGAAAAUGAGGUGUAAUAUGUAAAUUUGAUCUUCUUCUAUUUAUGUACAAUUAUGUUCACAUCAGUUGUAAUGUUCUUUCACUCAUUGUAAAACUUGUACAUUUAAAUUCAAAAUAGUCACUUUCUAACAAUUGUAUAUUAAUGUCCAUUUAGCUGGCCUAAUUAAAAGGAAACGGAUAUCGUUCACAAAAAAGAAAA